GGAACAUAGAAUGCAACCACUUUGAAAUCCCAACUUGAACAGUGCAGCGGAAACAGGUCAGGAUAAUUCUCCAAGUGUCUUUUCAGGUGUGUACAGCCUACCUUCCUAUUGAUGAUUUCAGAGUGUUGUGUGGUCCAGGGUCAAGAUUCAUAGAAACAAAGAUAACUGAAGAGGAAACAUGUGCCAUAUGACAGAGGUUUUCAAAAUCAUGAAGUUGGUGGAGACAGUGGCUAAGAAAGCCUCUCUCAUAAUACUAGCACCCAGGAGCCUUAGAGGAGCUUGCAGAUGGGUACUUAUUAUGGGAUGGACACUCUUCACACAGGACAAGUUAAUGAUGUUGUUUGUAGGGCUCUGCACGCACUCCAAUUUGGGGUCUGAUCUGGUGCUUCAGAGUAGUUCCGAUCUGACCUGAGACGGCUUUGAAGUCAGGAGAUGGCAGCUUGUUUGCGGUCUCUCUUGCACUGCUUGCUGUCUGUCGAAGUGACUUUCUCUUGGGGAAAGAUGUUGAUUACCUCCCCUCCAACCUGCUGGCUUUCAAAACAUCCUCUUGAAUGCCAAAAACACUCUACUCAUGAUAAAGAUAAAAGAUAAGAGCGGGGAAUACGCUGAAUUUGUGAAACAUUUCUGUUCAUUCAGACUGGGCUCAGAAAAGAACCGUUAGAAACCAAACACAUUUCAGAUGCACUGAGCAGCAGAUCAAAAUAUCAUUAUACUCUAUUUGUAAAUUCCAAUCUAGGCAUCUCCCAUUUAGCAAAUUAGGCAGAGGUGCUAAUUAAGGUGAUCGUUAAAUGUUCAUUUUCCUGGAUGCUUUGGUAAAAUCAACAUCAGAGCAACUAGAUAGCUCGAAAGCGCAGGGCGGGGGGGACGGACCUGCAGCCCUCCAGAUGUUAUUGGACUCCUGACUCCCACCAGUCCCAGCCAGCAAGGUUGCUGGUCAAGCAUGAUGGGAGAUGUAGUUCAAUAGCCUCUGAAGGGCUGAAUGUUCCAUGCUCUAAAGUCUCAAGUUCACAUGGAAUAACUUAGGUCUACAGUAUCCUAUAGUCUUGGUAUAAUAGUGAUUUUAGGCCAGCUUUUGCUGACCUGGUGCCGUCCAAAGGUUUUGGACUGCAAUUCCCAUCAAUCUCAGCCAGUGCAUAGCAUUAUAGACUUACAAAUGAUCAGAGAGACAAUUGGUGGUAGAAACACCAGCUUCUGGGUUGGCUUCUCCUUUUUGUCUUCUUAUUUUGACACAUAGUAAUAAGUCAUGAACCCCCAUUCAUAGGUGGCUCUUCCAGGAAGGAUAAUCAAUUGAAAUAACUGAAAAAGAGAGCACCAAAAUAAAAGAACUCACACCCACACCAGUUACCAAGCUACAGGGGAUGCCUAAUGCAUCCAACAGUUCCCGGGUUCUAAGAACUCUCCCCAGGCUGCCAUCAUUACAUACAUUCAGGCGAAAGGCAAAAGCAUUCAUUUUUAGCCAGGCUUUUGGGCUAUUUCCUAUCUAUGGCCUUUUCACAUGGAUGGGAUAUCUUAACACAGGAAGGUUUUAAUGUAUGUGCUUGUUUUUUGCUUAAAAUAUUGUAAGUGCCUUUGAGCUGCUGUAGCAAAAAAGGUGACUAAUAAGGGACAACAACAACAAUUACUAUAUUCAAAAACUAUCAAUAUUGGACCAUGACUUUGCCACCAGCUAAACAGACAGAUUCACGAAAAGACAACUAUGCCUGUUGCAUCUGGACAUCUAAAGGUUCAUAUGCUCAAGUGGGGGUGGUUGUCUAUGUCCCCUUUGGUUUGUGUACACCACAAAAUAAAUGCCAUUAUAUAUUUGGGAUGCUGUUACCAGAGCCCAAGGCUAUGAAACUAAUGAAGCUUAAGCUUCAGGGGCCCCAAAAGCAGCAUUAUUAGUGUGUGUAUAACAUUUCCCUACUUUUCAUCCCCCGCAUAACUUGAAAACUGUAAGGCAUAGGACAUAUUUAUUCACACUGGAGACUUUGUCAUGUGAGGCAAUCCAGUGCAGCAGUUUAAAUGAAAAUCGGAGUUAAAAAACAUUGUGGUGCUCUGUCAUGGAACAACCCUAUUGAAGAAGAUAACAGGGGUUACCCAGACCUUGUUUCUGGUUGCGAAGGGGCCCCCAUAACAGUUCAAGCUUCAGGACACCCUAAAAUGUAGAUCUGCCCCUGCCUCAAGGGGUGGCACACCUUUACAGCCAGUCUCCCUGGUCUCUGUGGGCAGAGAGGGACCAGGGGCAAAGCUCUGCAGAAUGCCUGCCCUCCUGACAAGCCAGCAAAAGGAGAGGCGUUCUGCCACCCAGCUUUGCUGCUGGGCAGUGCAAUGGGGCUUUAAACUGGCACGUGGGUGGCGCUGUGGGUUAAACCAGAGAGCCUAGGGCUUGCCAAUCAGAAGGUUGGCGGCUUGAAUCCCUGCAAUGCGGUGAGCUCCCGUUGCUCGGUCCCAGCUCCUACCAACCUAGCAGUUCGAAAGCAUGCCAAAAAAGUGCAAGUAGAUAAACAGGUACCACUCCUGCGGGAAGGUAAACGGCGUUUCCGUGCGCUGCUCUGGUUCGCCAGAAGCGGCUUAGUCAUGCUGGCCACAUGACCCGCAAGCUGUACGCCGGCUCCCUCGGCCAGUAAAGCGAGAUGAGCGCCGCAACCCCAGAGUCGGUCAUGACUGGACCUAAUGGUCAGGGGUCCCUUUACAUUUACCUUUAUGAAGGGAGGAGCUGCUGCAAAGCCCCACCUGCUUAGCAAUGGAGACUCUACAAGAGCUUCUUGGGGCAGCAGUGGGGCUUUUGGUUUUAGGUGUCGAAACACCUCAUGCCAACCCUGCAUGCUACUACUCCUCUUCUUAAGAGUCUCUAAUAAUAAUAAUAAUUUUUAUUUAUAUCCCGCCCUCCCCAGCCAAAGGCAGGCUCAGAGCGGCUAACAACAGUAAAAUAAUACAGCAUUCUAAAAUCAAUUCAUUAUAAAAUCAGUUCAAAUCAAAUUAAUGGCCACCAUUGGGCUAGAGUUCUGUGAGGAUUACCAAAGGUACCUCAGUGGCCCUUGCCAGGCUGUCCCUGUGGGAGCCAGACUCAAUCGCAUUCUGGCAAACUCAGGGUGUGCAGCUAUAGUUGAUUGGGGGGUGGGUCUUGUGGAACAACCCUGCCUCCCCCAGAAAGCAGACUUUUGCGAUAAGGAAAGUGACAUAUCAGUGCAUUGGGAACUGUGGGAGAACAUUUGCUCGACUCAACAUCACCCUAAGCACUCCAUAAACAAGUCAGAAUUAAUGGUCAAUAAAUAGUCACUGCAGGAUGCUUUCAGGCUGUCGUUUUUGGGUAGGAUCCAGUCAAAGGCUGGAAAAUUCAGCUUGCACAAUUGUAACAAAUCUCCCCCUCCCAAUCAGAUUGUUGUGAUAAGGAAAGGGAUUGGAAAAUGCAGUGGAAAAUGUAGGAUUACACUCGCUUUGAUGCAAGUUGUGUAACCUCCUGGUACAACAAAUGAUGAACAGCUUGUCUGGAUGUAACCUGAUUGUUUGGCAAAAUGCUGUCCUUGAGGCUAUCAUUUGCAUCUGCAGCUUGGACAGAGCUGCCUUUUGGAAAAAGAUAUGGCUUCUGCUUCACUUAGUGCAGUGUUACUCAAAGUGGUUGUCCGUGGACAAGGGCCACAAGCCAUUAGUUGCUGGUCUGCAGUGACUCCACACAGCCCAGGUUGUGUAGGCAGCUUCAGGGACCAAAUAUGGUGUCCACCGCUGAAGAGGCAAUGCGAAGACAGUGCCAGAUGGCCAAGCAAUCCUGCAAUGAUAGAAGUCAUCAUGCGAUUCUCUCUCAGUUUAAUGUUCUGUACAGGUCUCCUCAGGCCUGUAAGCCCCAGUAACUGCAAUUAAACUGUGAGCUCACCCAUACUUCUGUUUGUGCUGUGAUUUAUGGGCACAGGCCAAUGAUUUACAGGCACAGGUCUGAGCAGGGUUCCUCCCCACCCUUCCAUCCUGUCAUUUCCCCCAGGAAAACCUGCUGUUUACUGCUGAAUUGGAACAAACACCAAUCAAGUUUUCUAUAGGUUGCCAAUCAUUCUAAUUCAGUGAUAAACGUAAUUGUUGGACUCGUGACUGAAAAUCAUAGACCUGAGACCUCACUCUCAAUUAAGUGUACAUAGGAUUACAGACCCAGACUUGUCUCCAACUAAGUUUUACUCAGAGUAGGCCUAUUGAAAUUCAUGGAGCUAAGAUAACCAUGCCAUUGUGUUUAGUGGGCCUGCUCUAACUUAGUUUGAGAAAAUCCUCAGUCUUCUCAACAAGGGAGGGUUUGAACAAUUGCCUUGAUUCCAGAAGGUUCCUGGUGGUAAAAGGUAAUAAUUUAUCAUGACUACUACUUCUACUUCUACUUGUACUCAGCUGUUGCUCAGUGAUUCUAAGAAACCAACAAAAUCAGUACAGUUUUUAAAUAAGUGGUUUAAAAUGAGUGCAGUUUUGAAAGGUUCAGUCCACCACCAUGGUUGCAAUAUACUGUAUUAAAACGUGGCCAAAAGCAUAACUUUCAAAAAUAUAUCUAGAUCAACUUUCAAAAAUAUAUCUAGAUUAAAGAUCCUCCAGGUGUCCCUAUUUUUCAGGGACAGUCCUGGAUUUACAGAAGAUGUCCCAGUUUCUGAAUUGAUCCCAGAAUGUCCCGCUUUCCCCUAGGACAUCCCUAUUUUCAUCGGAGAAAUGCUGGAGGGUGUGGAGUUAGGCGACUCCUGAGCCAAGGAGAUAACUAACUGUACAAGCUUUAGAAGACAUCUGAAGGUAGCCCUGUAUCACAAAGUCUUUUAAUGUUUAAUAAUGUUUUUAUGUAUGUUGGAAGCCACCCAGAGUAUGAGAUUAUUAUUAUCCACCUGUCACCAGAAGGUCCCAGGGCAGGUUACAACAAUGUAAAACACAACAAUUAAAAACAGUAUCUGAAGAAGUGUGCAUGCACACGAAAGCUCAUACCAAGGACAAACUUAGUUGGUCUCUAAGGUGCUACUAGACAAUUUAUAUAUAUAUAUAUUUCUACUGCAUCAGACCAACACGGCUACCUAUCUGAGUAUAAAGCAAAGUACUGUAGUAACUAGGGUGGGUCCUUAUAUAUCAAGUGUCAUAGGCCAGUGCAUCAAAAUAAGUCAAUCCAUUUGGGCUUUUUGCAAGUCAACUGCAUUCAAAAUCCUAUGAUUUGUCGUUUGCAGACUAGGCAAGCAUGUCAAAGGAACAAGAGUCUGGGGACCACACCCUAGCAAAGCCAGAGAAAGCCCAGGUGGUGAGCCGACUCUUGAAGCAGGUGCCACCGGGAGAGUUCAACGAGGCCUUCAGUGACCUGCGCAUGCUGGUGGACGACGACACCAUGAUGUGUGAGGAGGUGGCCAGCCUUUGCGCUGUGCACAACAAAGACCAUUUCACUCCAGUCAAAAGCAAAAAGUGUGAGGUGUUGCUGACCCGCCACAAUGAACUGGAGGAGAACCGCUUCCUGGACCCUCAGAACAGAGUCUCCUUCAAGUACGACCACCUGAAGAGAGUGCCGAGCAAUUUCCAGGAUCAACCUGAGGAGGAUGAGAAAGGUGAACUGUGGAGGAGAGCACUUCAAGAGGCCUUGAAGGUCUAUGUCAGCAACCACUACCCUGAGGGGCUUUGCAGCGUCUUCAUCAAGGACACAGCUGUCCGGAAGAUCUUUGUGGCUUGCAUCGAGAGCCACCAAUACAAGCCCUCUUCUUUUUGGAAUGGCCUGUGGAAGUCAGAAUGGACUUUUGCAUUGGCACCGGCCUCCACUUCUACCGAGGUGUCUGGCACCAUCAUGGUCCAAGCCCAUUACUUUGAGGAUGGCAACACACACCUGACGGUCAUCAAGGAUGUCGAGGAGACCCUGCUGGUCACAGAUGAGACCCAAACAGCACAAGACUUUGCGAAGCUGGUGGAGAAGGCAGAAAACGAGAUCCAAGGUGGGCUGAUGGAAGAAUAUCAGCAUAUGAAUGGCACAUACCUGAAGUCCUUUCGGAGACAGCUGCCCAUCACCCGCACCAGCCUUGACUGGGAGAAGGUUGUGAUGACCAAGAUUGUUGCGGCUCGUGCUAGUCAGUGAACGUGCCACUUCAGUGCAGCAGUAGGGAUGAGGGAAGAGAGGCAAUGCCUGUGGAAAUGUGAGAUGUUUGGAAUAGCAUUUUAAAAUAAAGUGAGGGCACUUCCAGGCU